AUGGAUCGGAGGUUGAAGGAAGCUGCGAGAGUUGGAAAUGUUACCAUGUUGAACAAACUAUUGAAGGAGGAUCCUCAGAUACUGAAGAAAGCGUGCUUAGCCCAUUUUGCAGAAUCACCUCUUCAUGUGGCGACACUAGCAGAUCAAGUACAAUUUGUGAGAGAGAUUAUUACUCGAGUGCCUUCAUUAGCCACUCUGCCCAACCAGAAAGGUUUGAUCCCGUUGCACAUGGCUUCAGUAGCUGAGCAUGUUGAUAUAGUGAAGGAGCUCUUAAGUGCGAGGCUUGACAGUAACGAAGUGAACCAGUGCCUUGUGAACGAUGAAGAUGGCUGGACUGCUUUACAUUAUGCAGUUUUCAGAGGUAGGGUUGAUGUGAUGGAAGAGUUAAUCAAGCAUUGUCCUGAGUGUAUAGCAGAAGUGACGGCAAAGAGAGAGACGGUUCUUCAUCUAGCAAUAAAGGCUAAUCAUAAACUUCAUGUUGUAAGGAAAUGA